GUUUAUAAGUGAAGUAUGAUCAGGGGUAUCGGUCAGACAAACCACACUGGCGGUGGGCUUACAGACACAGAAACAGCAGCGAUGCAUCACUCCCUGUUCCCCCUGUGUGUCCUGGGACUCCUCGCGCUCUCCUCCGCGUGCUACAUCCAGAAUUGCCCCAGAGGGGGGAAACGAGCGCUGUCGGAGGCUGGGAUCAGACAGUGCAUGUCCUGUGGCCCAGGAGAUAGGGGCCACUGCUUUGGCCCCAGUAUCUGCUGUGGGGAAGGCCUGGGCUGCCUUCUGGGUUCCCCAGAGUCAGCUCGCUGUCUGGAGGAAAACUACCUGCUCACCCCCUGCCAGGCAGGAUGGAGACCCUGUGGAUCAGAGGGAGGACGCUGUGCUGCUUCAGGACUUUGCUGCAACUCUGAGAGCUGCACGGUGGACUCCGACUGCCUCGAAGAGACAGAAGCCACAAAUCCAGACCGUGGAUCUGCGAGGAGCUCUCCCACAGAGCUGCUGCUGCGUCUCCUUCAUGUGGCCAGCAGAGGACAGAAUGAGUACUGAUACUGUGAGUGUGGAGGUCUCCGUCUGCUGCACCAGAGAUUAAGCCUCACGUUCUGAACUCUGAACCAAGUCAAACUUUGUUCUGUCUUCAGCGUUCUUCUGUGCCAGUCCUGCCUCGGUUUAAAAUGUCUUCAACUUGUCAUGCCAUAAGCAACUUAUAUACAAAUCCCAAACGAGAA